AGGUUAGUCGUUAUAACAGCAAGAGGAAGCAGGGGCUAAUCGACUAAAGCAAUUUCAAUCAUCAUCACAUUUCACCUUCGAUCUGCCUCUGCGAAUAUUCGAUCGAAUCUGUGAUCGGCGGCAAUGGCGACUCGUUACUGGGUGGCGUCUCUCCCCGUUGGCCAAGGCGGCUCCGCCUCGUCUGUAUGGAGUCGUCUUCAGGAAUCAAUCUCAAAACAAGCCUUCGACACCUCUCUCUACAGAUUCAACAUACCGAAUCUACGAGUAGGCACCCUGGAUUUGCUUUUGUCUCUCAGCGACGACCUAUCCAAGGCAAACAACUUCAUUGAAGGAGUGUCGCACAAAAUCCGUCGUCAGAUUGAGGAAUUGGAGAGGGUGUCCGGAGUUGUUAGUAGCUCGCUAACUGUGGAUGGGGUUCCUGUGGACUCUUAUCUUACAAGAUUCGUGUGGGACGAGGCAAAGUAUCCAACAAUGUCGCCGCUGAAGGAGAUUGUGGACGGAAUCCAUGUACACAUUGCCAAGAUUGAGGAUGAUCUCAAGGUUCGUGUCGCUGAAUAUAGCAAUGUGCGCAGCCAACUUAAUGCUAUUAAUAGAAAGCAGGCUGGAAGCUUAGCUGUUCGUGAUAUUUCAAAUUUAGUGAAACCAGAAGACAUUGUUAGUUCGGAACACUUGACAACCCUUCUUGCAGUUGUGUCAAAGUAUUCCCAGAAAGACUGGUUAUCAAGCUAUGAGUCUCUGACAUCAUAUGUGGUUCCCAGAUCUUCAAAGAAGUUACAUGAGGAUAAUGAAUAUGCUCUUUACACUGUGACAUUAUUCAGCCGUGAUGUUGACAAUUUUAAAACCAAGGCCCGUGAAAGAAAUUUCCAGGUUCGUGAUUUUGAAUAUAAUCCUGAGACACAAGACAGUAAGAAGCAGGAGCUUGAAAAACUGAUGCAAGACCAGGAGACAAUGAGAAGCUCUCUUUUGCAAUGGUGCUAUACUAGUUAUGGAGAGGUUUUCAGUUCCUGGAUGCACUUUUGUGCUGUAAGAGUCUUUAGUGAAAGCAUUCUCCGAUAUGGCCUGCCACCAUCUUUUCUGUCUGUUGUACUGUCACCUCCAUUAAAAAGUGAGAAGAAAGUUCGCUCCAUUCUUGAGGGAAUGUGUAGCAGUUCAAACAGCACGUUCUGGAAAACUGAGGAUGAUGGAGGAAUGGGCGGCCUUGCAGCAGGCGAAGCAGAUGCUCAUCCUUACGUCUCAUUCACCAUUAAUCUUAUUUAAGGUGAGACGCUGAAGUGUCACUGUCCCUUUUUGCGGCCCGUUGUCUUGUUUUAUUGACAAUAAUAAAGACAUUCUGUCCUUGUAUAAUAGUAUAUUCCCGAUUCUUUUCUUCCUUCAGAAGCAUGUGCUUCCUGUACAACACUCCCCACCUAUUCUUUUUCUGCAAUUGCUCGCCGAACUUCUGUUGUCUGAAGUUGUGUUUUGAUGGAUGUUAUUGAAUGUAUUAUCAGCACCAAAUAAGUUAUUGCUAUGAAAAUAAGUCACUUUGCUCCGAAA